CAAAGAAUUGCUAGCAUACACAUACACACACAGAUACACAAAGGAACUGUGCAGUUGUCUAGUUCGUGGCUGUUAUUCUCAACUUUUUUACUUGUUUAACUUAAUCGUUAGUUGGUAGAAAUAUGUUUUUUUGUGCAAACGUCUCGACAUUUUGAACAUCUUUGCCGUGUAAAACGUUAUGUCGUCGAACAACAAUAAUAUGUACUGCAAAGUGUCAACGGCGACGACUAACGCUUUGCAAAAACGUUCUACCCUUUCUCAGCAGCAACAACAACAAGCCGAAGAACAUCAGCAAGAAAGCGAAUCUGAGCCAAACGUCUGGGCCAACACACUAAGACAGGAAAAUGGUCUGCAAAGUCCAACUCCCAACUUGUAUGUGGAUAACCAGGACGGUUCAGGGGACAUCAUUCAAAUUACACAGCCACCUUCAAAUAGCAGUGUACCAACAUCACCCUUGACCACUCACCCAUUACUUAGCCAUCAUCAAGCACAGCAACGCCCCAUCAGCUUCAAUAAUGCUAAGGCCUCAACCCUUGAUCCCAACUGGCAAGCUAAUAAAAUCAGCAUUAGAGAACGAAAUGCAGCCAUGUUUAACAAUGAGCUGAUGGCUGACAUUUUCUUCGUCGUUGGGCCGCCUGGUGGAACGCAAACCAUCCCGGCCCAUAAAUAUGUUCUCGCAACAGGCAGCUCUGUAUUUCACGCUAUGUUUUUCGGAGGAUUAGCCGAAAGCGAGGCGCAAAUUGAAGUGCCUGAUGUCGAACCAGCAGCAUUUCUAACCCUUUUAAAAUACCUUUACUGUGACGAAAUCACGUUGGAGGCCGACACCGUUCUUUCCACACUUUAUGUUGCGAAGAAAUAUAUCGUGCCGCAUCUGUGUCGCGCCUGUGUUUUGUUUCUGGAAACAAGUUUGACUGCCCGCAAUGCUUGCCUCCUUCUCAGUCAAUCCCGGUUGUUUGAAGAGCCAGAACUCAUGUCCCGCUGUUGGGAAGUGAUAGAUGCUCAAGCCCAACUGGCUCUGAAUUCGGAAGGAUUCACCGAAAUCGAUAUGGAUACAUUAAAACAAAUUCUUCAACGUGAAUCGUUGAAUUGCAAAGAGUCCGUGAUUUUCCAAGCUGCAUUGCAAUGGGCGGCCGCCGAAUGUAAACGCCGCAGCCUCGAAGUUGAUUCAGCCAAUUGCCGCACAGUUAUGGGCGACUCUCUCUUUUUAAUUCGACUACCCACCAUGGCCCUCGAGGAUUUUGCCAACGAAGCCGCGCAGUCUGGAAUUUUGACUCUUCAAGAAACCACUGACGUUUUUUUGUACUACACGGCACGAAAUAAACCAUCCCUUCUCUACAGUUGCAAGCCUCGAGCUGGACUAAAGCCUCAGGUGUGUCACCGAUUCCAAUCGUCGGCUUAUAGAAGCAAUCAGUGGCGUUACCGUGGCAGAUGCGACAGUAUUCAGUUUUGUGUUGAUAAGCGUAUCUUCAUCGUUGGCUUCGGUCUCUAUGGUUCUUCAAACGGAUCAGCUGACUACAGCGUGCGAAUCGAAUUAAAACGCCUUGGUCGUGUACUGGCGGAAAAUCACGCUAAAUUCUUCUCCGAUGGAUCGAGCAACACCUUUCACGUCCACUUUGAACAGCCUAUUCAGGUCGAGCCCGAUACGUUUUACACUGCCUCUGCCAUUCUUGAUGGCUCAGAGCUAAGCUAUUUUGGGCAGGAAGGUUUGAGUGAAGUCAACGCAAGUAACGUAACUUUUCAGUUUCAAUGCUCGUCAGAAAGCACCAAUGGGACGGGAGUACAAGGAGGCCAGAUACCAGAGUUGAUCUUUUAUGGCCCUUCUCCGCAAUCACAGCCACAGAAACAACAAGUGGUUGAAAUUUCUACAAAAGUCGAAUAAGAUGAAGCAAAUAGAAUUGGUAUUAAAAUCAUUCUGUUCUAGUAGGUCAAAUGUAAAUAUUUUUUCGCAUGUUUGUGUUGUUUUUCGUGAAGUUUGAAAUGAUUCACCUUUCUACUUUUCUUUCUCCAAUGACAUAAUGUGGGAUCGAAUUACUUUUUUGUCUGUGUUAAAAAUUGAAGAUAAACGUGACUGUAUGUUUUGACCUUCGUAUCAGUUUUUGCAAUCCAAUAUACUGCUUUACUUCAGAA